CUCCUCAGUACCCUAGGACAGAGCUCGAGGCUGGUCGGGGCUAGUCGAGCUGGAAUCCUGGGGCUGCAGGCCUUUCGAGGAAACACCUGCGGAGCGCGCCGCCAGAGCCUGAGAGAACCGGGUUCCCAGGUACGCAGAAUUGGGACUGUUGGUUUGUCCCACUCUCUCCCGCGCGGGGCUCCUCCCCGUGAGGUAUUGCCUAGUUCCCCUGGUGUAAAGCGGGCGCCUUGCAGUCAAAAUCCUGGUUGCGGACUUGGGAGGUUCCGUCGCAUUCUGCCGGAGGGAGGCGCUCUGCAGAGGAGAAACCUUGGCGGGACUUUCAUCCAUUUUUAAUUUAUUUUUGUUUAUGGUGUAAGAAGUUUCAUUCUACUGCAUGCUGCCAUCCAAUUUUCCCAGCACCAUUUGUUGAAGAGAUUGUCUUUUUUUUCCAUUGGAUAUUCUUUGCUGCUUUCUCGAAGGGUAGGAAAAGGACCUGUGCUGAGAAGAUGAGUCUCAAGGUUGAUUUGGAAACAAACUUUGCUGAAUGUGUCUUAAAUGCAGGAAAGAUCAUCCUUGGGGAUACACAAAGGAAAGAAAUGAAUCCUGAAUUGCGGAAAAAACAGAGGGAAAACAUCUUGAAAGCAAUAUGUGCUCUGCUGAAUUCUGGUGGCGGAGUGGUCAAGGCUGAGAUUGAGAACAAAGACUACAAUUAUGAAAUCCAUGGAGUAGGCCUGAUGAUGCCUUCAAUUUUUAAAGACUAUUUAGAUGAGAUGCAGCAGGGAGAACUCUUUUUGAUUUUUGUGAGAUCCUGGAACGCAGAUGCCUCUGGUGUACGAAUCGCUACCUUGUGCUCCAAUUUGCACUAUAGAUACAGAGCAUCUACUGAUGUCAUGGAUUCUAAGGAAGCAUUGGCAUUCCUCAAAGGGAAAACUCAGACUCUUAGGAAUACUGAUUCCAGUUCAUUAAGUCCACACAAAGUUCAGGUUGGUGUGCGAAACGAGUAUAACAUAAGGGCCUCAGCUGCUGCUGUAUUCGCUAGAACUCAGCUUCAGUACCUAGAAAAGCUCAACUUUACUAAUUCCCUCCACGUUGAAUUUAAAAUGUUCUCAACAGAGGAGUCACAGUGCUUUCACGAGAGUCUCCCCAGUUGUGUUUCUGCAUUUGCAAACACUGAAGGAGGGUAUAUAUUUUUUGGUGUGCAUGAUGAGACCCAUGAAGUCAUUGGAUGUGAAAAGGAGAAAAUAGAUUUUGACAUGUUGAAGGCUUGUAUUGAUUCCUGUAUUAGGAAUCUCCCUGUCCAUCAUUUCUGUACACAGAAGCAUGAGAUAAAAUAUGCUGUCAAAUUCCUUGAAGUACACAAUCAGGGGAUCCUCCAUGGAUAUGUCUGUGCAGUCAAGGUGGAACAAUUUUGCUGUGCAGUGUUUUCCAAGAUGCCCAGUUCCUGGCAGGUGAAGGACAAUUGUGUGAAACAGCUGGACACGAAGCAAUGGAUAGCUUGGAUGAUGGAAGCCGACCCAGAUCUUUCCAGAUUUUCUGAGAUGGUCCUUGCAUUGAGUUUGUCAUCCACUACACCCCGCAGCAGGACUGUGUGCACUCAUAAGAAUUUUGAAUGUCUGGAAGCACAGCAAAAACGUAUCUUUCCAGUAUUACCAGACAGAAUGGUGUAUACACCAGAAAGCGUCUACAAGGAGCUGUUCUCAACACAUAAAGGACUCAAAAACUUAAUAAAUAAGGAAAUGUGCUCUUUCUCUCAAGGAAUAUUGAUAUUCUCUCGAAGCUGGGCUGUGGACGUGGGUCUGCAAGAGAAGCAGGGAGUCAUCUGCGAUGCUCUUCUGCUUUCCCAGAACAACACCCCACGCCUCUACACUAUCCUCAGCGAGUGGGACCCAAGCUGGAAGGGCUACUCUAGGAAAGUCGCCCGCGUCUUAAAACAGAUGCUGGUGAACACAGGUGGCUACACUGGGAAAUUGUGUAUCACUCCCUUGAUCUUCCUACUGAAUCCUGAUAAUACAGCAACGACUCUUCAUGAUUUGGAUUUGCAAAUUUACCCCAACUCCUAUAACCUUAGGACCACCCAGCACAUGGAAGCUCUGUUACGGUCCCUUGUGAUAGUCUUGCUCGGAUUCCGAUCUUUCUUAAGUGAAGAGAUGGGCUCUGAGGUUUUCAGCCUCCUCACAGAUAAACAGUAUGAGUUGCUUUCAAAGAACAUUCGCAUGACUAGAGAACUGUUUGUUCAUGGCUUACCUGGAUCAGGGAAGACCAUCCUGGCUCUUAGGAUAAUGGAGAAGAUCAGGAAUGUGUUUCACUGUCAACCAGAUGAUAUUCUUUACAUCUGUGAAAAUCAGCCUCUGAAGAAUUUUGUGAGCCAGAGACAUGUCUGCCAGGCAGUGACCCGGAAAACCUUCAUGAAAAAUGACUUCCAAAAGAUUAAGCACAUCAUCAUCGAUGAAGCUCAGAAUUUUCGCACUGAGGAUGGAGACUGGUAUGAGAAGGCAAAAGCCAUCACUCAGAGAAAAAAGGAUUGCCCAGGAAUUCUCUGGAUCUUUCUAGACUACUUUCAGACUACCCACUUGAGCUGCAGUGGCCUCCCUGCUCUCACAGCCCAGUAUCCAAGAGAAGAGCUCACCAGAGUGAUCCGUAAUGCAGAUCCAAUAGCCAAAUACCUACAAGAAGUAAUGCAGGAGGUCAGAGAAAAUCCUCCAUGUAACAUCCCGCCUGCGUCCCUGGAGAUGGUUCAUAAAGCUGAAUGGGCUCAGGGUAUUCCGGGCUACGUGGAGAUUAUGGAGUACUUGGACAUGGAAGAUAUGGUGUUCCAAGUAGCAAAGAAAUGCCACUUUCUCUUUAGGAAUGGUUAUUCUCCCAAGGACGUUGCUGUGCUUUUCAGCAAAGCAAGUGAAGUGGAAAUAUAUAAAGAUAAGCUUCUAAGAGCAAUGAGGAAAAGAAAUACAUCUCAGCUCGAUGGGGAAUCUGAUCUUUUAGUACAGAUCCAAGAUGCAUCGGAUAUCAUGGCCAAUCACAUUGUGUUGGACAGUGUCCGUCGAUUUUCAGGCCUGGAAAGAAACAUCGUGUUUGGGUUCAACCUAACAGCUGAGCCAGAUAUUUUCCAUAAUCUUCUGCUCUGUCUGGCUUCCAGGGCAAAGAAACAUCUCUAUAUUCUGAAGGUUCCUAUUUGACAGGAAGAUCCCAGGCUAAGAAACAAUUAGGUAGCUCUCAUCUCUAGUUAACCAUGAAACUAUUUGAUCUAAACAUUGAAUUAUAGAGUAUUUUAUGAGCACUCACUCUGAGCCAUGUACUCUCCUAGGUGCUGGGGAUCAGGGGUAGGGUAUCAAACUAGGCAGACAAGAUUUCUUCUUUAGGGCAGAGGUAAAUCACAGACAAGUAAACAAAUACAAGUACAAGACAUUUCAGAUAGGGGCACCUGGUUGGCUCAGUUAAGUCUCCAACUGUUGAUUUUGGCUCAGGUCAUGUUGUCAUGGUUUGUGAGAUGGAGCCCUCCUG